AAAUUCCAUUGUUGAAUAUAUUUGAAUAUUUGUGUGCGUUGUUUUAAUGCACUGAAGACAAAUUUUCUUUCACGAAUCAGUCGUUUUUUUCACAUUAUUAGAGACUUACCUAACCUAUGGAAACUUGAAUCGUUUCUGUCUUUGCUAUGCUGAGAAUGCUCAUAAUUAACAAUUUGAUAAAUAUCGGAAAUGAGACCUCAACUCGAAAUGCCAUCCUCACAGUGGGCCUUAUUUUUUUGGCUUCAUUGACAGUACUUCUUUAUAUCUACACUAAUUUUCCAGAAUUGGAAGAAAACGAAAAGAAACAUAUGAAAGUUCCCCUUCACAUAGAUGAUGCUAAAAAUCUUGGAAAACUAUUGGAGAGAUACAAAGAUCUUUAUUACGUGGAAGUUAUUGCUGGUGUCUUCAUCACGUUCAUCUUUUUGCAAACAUUUGCUAUUCCAGGAUCCAUAUUUCUGUCAAUUCUCUCAGGAUUUCUCUUUCCAUUUUAUCUUGCACUUGUCCUCGUUUGCACCUGCAGUGCAAUUGGAGCAUCGCUUUGUUAUCUCCUGUCAUCUUUAUUAGGAAGAAAAUUAUUAUUCAAGUAUUUUCCGGACAGAGCCAACCAGUGGGCGCAAACAGUGAAAGAACACAAGGACAAUCUAUUUAACUAUAUUUUGUUUCUGAGGAUGACUCCAUUACUUCCAAAUUGGUUUAUAAAUUUGGCCAGUCCUGUUAUAGGAGUUCCCAUAGCUCCGUUUACCCUUGGGACAUUCUUUGGUGUUGCACCACCCUCAUUUCUGGCCAUUCAAGCUGGACAGACGCUCAAUAAGUUGACGUCCUCCAGUGAUACAUGGUCAUGGUCUAGUAUGAUUGUUUUAUGCAUAUUUGCACUAUUAUCUUUAGUUCCUGUAUACUUUAAGAACUUGUUCAACAGAUUGUUCAAAAGACUGCGACUGAAGUUUGAUUGAACUUUCUCUAAAUUCCAUUUUACUCCGCUUGAGGUUUUUUCCUAUUUCAUUUUAAUUUUUUUUCAUUACAACAAAGUGGAGGAUAAAAAAUCUUAGUUUAAGUGAUUUUUCCUUAACUUAUGGAGGCAUUCUAUUGAAAUUCUGAUGUAAAAAGCUUUCAUUUAAAAAUAUGAAUGCAUUUGUAAUUGUAAUUAAAUUUUAAGUAUAGAAACUUUUUAAACCUAAGCUCUUGUCAUAUGAGGAAAAUUUGUACCAAGUAUUAUUUAUAUUAGAUAGAAGAGCAUGUAUUCCAUAAGUGCAAUAAAAAGUUCUCCCUGUAUUUCAUACGUGUGCGUUGAAUAUUAUGUUCUUCAUUAUCGGAGUAAUUGUCAUAGAGCAGCUGUGAAAUAAUAUCAGUUGCCGAAGUAAUUUUCAAUGAGUUUACUUAUAAUUCCGUUUCGAUUAUCGAUAUGACUGGAAUGAUUAUAAUUUUUAUUUUUCCUCUUAUGUCUGCCCCUUUGCUAUUGAAUUAUCAACAGUAGUGAACUUGAUCUCAAAUAAAAACAGGUUGUUAGAAUCAACGUUGAGCGUUGAGCCAAUCAGCUGUAUUUUAAGUAUUUUAAGUAAUUUUAUAAAAAAACUAUAGAUACUCCAAUGUAUCUUCUCGAAGCUCAUGUAAUUGGGAUAACAUAUAUAUUAUGUCGAGUAUUUAAUUUACUUAUCGUGAAAUAAAAAAGUAAACCAAGAGAUGAAUUUGUAUAUUUAUCUUCAAUAAAUGAGUUGGAGAUAUCUAGUAAUCUUAAGUUAUUUAUUGAUUUAUUUUCAGAAAUCGAUAACAGAAAUUAUGCUAAAAAUUAUUUUUACUCGUCAACAGAAUGAUGUAAGGUGAUUGAUUGAUAUAUCAGUUGAGUUGAUUACUGGGAGGCUGGUUGGUCUCCAGUACCACCAAUUAUACCACACUGAAAAUUUAUAAAGGAGAAUAAAAAUUAAUACUUGUUCUUUUAGACCAGGUGAAAUAAUGACGUACGUGUGUGAUGUGAGGAUAACAAUAUUACAGAAGAUUUGCAAUUCCUUUGACAUUCAGGAGUAGGCAUAAUUUUAAUCAGUCUUGAACCACUUGUGGACCUCAAAAUAACAUUACUGCAUUCAGGAUUUGGC